UUCUUCCUUUUCGUGUUUGGGCCUGUGUGCGUGUGUUUGGCUUGUUUAUUUUUUCUUCAAUUCUUGCAUUGUGAAUUCUAAUUUAGUGUUUCAAAAAUGCCUGGUUUCAAAAAUAAAUCUUUGAUUAUCGAUGGUCGUGGUCAUCUUCUUGGUCGACUAGCCGCUAUUGUUGCCAAAACAUUAUUGCAAGGACAAAAAGUUGUCGUUGUCCGUUGUGAAGGUAUCAAUAUUUCGGGUAGUUUCUAUCGAAACAAGCUGAAAUAUUUAGCAUUUUUACGUAAAAAAUGUAAUGUAAAUCCAGCUCGUGGUCCGUAUCAUUUCCGUGCACCAUCAAAAAUUUUCUGGCGUGUUGUUCGUGGUAUGUUGCCGCAUAAAACUAAACGUGGUGAUUUGGCACUCGAACGACUUCGUGUUGUUGAAGGUAUUCCACCACCGUUCGACAAGAAAAAACGUAUGGUUGUACCGGCUGCAUUACGUAUUCUUCGUCUAAAUCCACGACGUAAAUAUUGUUCAUUGGGAAGACUUUCACAUGAAGUUGGUUGGAAAUAUCAAAAAGUUAUCGAAACAUUGGAAAUGAAACGAAAAGCUAAAGCUGCUUUACAUCAUAAUCGUAAAUUGACCGAAUCGAAACUUCGUUUACAAGCAAAGAAAUUGGUAGCCGAUAGAACUAAGGCUUUGCGUGAAGUUAUCACUUCUUAUGGUUAUGAAGUUUGAUAAUUGAAUUUUCUUUUUUUAAAAAUAAAAAUUGAUUUUUUUCAAAUUAAAA